ACCAAGACGCAUCACCGGCUCCGUUGCUCUUUGUCACCACCGGAUCUAAACUCAUUCACAUAGGCCUGGUCUACCGCGCUACCACCGGCAAAACUGGUUAUAUUCCCAGGAACACUAGUCUGUGACUGAGAAAUGAAUCAUAAAGCCCUUUUACUGUGGAUUUUCCUACAGUGUGCCACUACGCUCUUUUCGUCCGCUCUUGGGGAAAACGCUGUUCUUAAAGGUGAAGAAGGUGGGUUUGAUGAAUUGUCAACAGACAACAAGGCUGUCAAUGGCAUCAAGUACAACAUGAGGAAGAAUUUGGAUCUGGACCAUGAGGGCUGCUACCUGCAGACAGGCAAGAAGGAGUGUCUAGAGGAGUGUGGCUUCAAUGCUACAGCCAAGACCAUCUUCAUCAUCCAUGGCUGGACAAUGAGCGGGAUGUUCGAAAGCUGGAUGCACAAGUUGGUCUCUGCAGUGAUGCAGCGUGAAAGCGAUGCCAAUGUGGUGGUGGUUGAUUGGAUAGUGAUGGCUCAGCAGCUUUACCCCGAUGCAGUCAACCGAACUAAUGACGUCGGCCUCAACAUUGCCACCAUGCUCAACUGGCUUCAGGAUGAGAAGCAACUGCCUCUGGAGAACGUGCACCUGAUUGGCUACAGUUUAGGCGCUCACGUAGCCGGCUACGCAGGAACGUAUGUACGAGGGACUAUCGGCAGAAUCACUGGUCUAGACCCAGCAGGACCAAUGUUUGAGGGUGUAGAGGAAUCGAGGCGCCUCUCCCCAGAUGAUGCUGACUUUGUGGACGUUCUGCACACAUACACUCGAGAGGCUCUGGGUGUCAGCAUUGGGAUCCAGCAGCCAAUUGGGGACAUUGAUAUCUACCCCAAUGGUGGUGACGUGCAGCCUGGCUGUGCUCUGGGUGAUGUGCUGGCGGUGGCUGGAAAUUUCAUGGAGGUCAUGAAAUGUGAACAUGAGCGGGCAGUACACUUAUUCGUGGACUCCCUGAUGAACAAGGACCACAUGAGCUUUGCCUUCCAGUGCACUGGUCCCGAUCGCUUCAAGAAGGGCAUCUGCCUCAGCUGCCGCAAAAAUCGCUGCAACAACAUUGGCUACAACACCAGAAAGAUGCGCAAGAGGCGCAACAGUAAAAUGUAUCUGAAGACACGUGCUGACACGCCCUUCGGAGGCUACCAUUACCAGAUGAAGAUGCACGUGUUCAACAGAAAACAUUUCGACAAUGCAGAUCCCACCUUCCACGUCAAGUUGUACGGAGCCCAUAAUGAUACAGGAAACAUAUUUGUCGAUGUCCAUGAGGACACAAUAAGUCUGAACCUGACAAACACCUUCUUGGUGUUUACUGAAGAGGAUAUUGGCGACCUGCUGAAGAUCAGUCUGAGCUGGGAAGGAGAAUCUGAAUCUUGGAACUCCGUCUGGAAGAACAUUAAGAAGACUUUCUGGGCCUGGAACACUAAGCCUCCAAAACCUAUACUGCAAGUCAGACGGAUUCGUGUAAAAGCUGGCGAAACGCAGAAGAAGUUUACAUUCUGCACCCAGGACCCUGCAAAAACCGAAAUUUCACCAGGGGGCUCGCUAACUUUUGUGAAGUGUCGUGAUGGCUGGGAGGUGAAUCCAAGAAAACGGCUUGUCAUGUAACGACCACUUCCAACACACAAUCACCAUGGCAGACUGAAUAUGGAUCGGAGAAGCACUGCCUUCUCUUUAUGAGCACUUUUUGAUGGAGGAAGAAUGAUCAGCACGCGAUGGGAGGGGCUUAACUGCACCUGGAAGGUUUCAUUGGUUUCCGGGGGUCUGUCCAGCCUGAGACUGGAAAACGACGCACAGGUUGGAGGCGAGGGACAGUGUAAAAUGUGUUAAUGCUCAAAGGAUUGCAGAAUGUUCCUUUUGUGUGGGCUAGUGACGAAUACACAUCUGUGCCAGUGGACAUACACCAGCAAUUGUAGUCACUGUACUGUACAUUUUAAAAUAUUUGUUUUAUUUAUGAAAAAAUGGAAGCACUGCACGACCAACGUUUAUUUAUCGGAACACAUCCCAUAAUGAAGCAUAUAGUGAAUGCAUUUCUCCCAGAUGCAGUAUGUGUGUGUGUGUGUGUAUGUUAUGUGUGGCUGUGUGUUUGUGGUUUUUAGUUUUUGGGGGGUUUUAGUGUGCCUUUUUUUUUUUUUUCUUUCUGUUGAGAUUACUGAUACACUGUGUAACUGAAGGAUAUACCUGAUCUCUAGUGUUACUGUAUGUGGCUUAUUUUGGGUGUGUUUAUGUACAUAAUGUAAAUAACCUUUUGGAAAAAUAAAUCCACCUGUUAUUUGUAGAAA